AUGAGUGGGACAAACGCAACUGCUGACUACCUUCCGCCAUCAGGAUUUUUCAUCGGACUAAUUUUAUUUAUCUGUCUGUGCAUCAUUGUUGGUAUCAUUGGAAAUGUCGGAGUAAUUGCUUAUAACAUCUUCAUGAAUCACUCAAAAACUCCAACAACAUAUUUCGUGGUAAAUUUAGCGAUUUCCGAUGUCAUUGUCUGUCUGACUUUCUUCCCUCCGUGGUUGGCAAAAUAUAUAUCAAUCCUGGCGGAUGUAGAAAGUAAUUUUAAAUUGAUUUGUGAAAUUGGCACGACCAGCUCAUUGACUAGCGUUGCAUUGUCUCUUGCAAAUCUCCUGGCAAUAACCGCAGACAGAUGUAUGUUUAUCACAAAACCGUUGAGAUACCCCAAGAUUAUGACUUGGAAAAAAACUCACAUUUUGUUAUUGGUUAUUUGGAUUUGUGCAAUCCUGAAUGCAAUUUUCGUGUAUUUCAAUAUAGAAGAAAUACCAGAACUGACACUCUCUUGUCGUAUCAAAAAUGCUCAACAACAACUUUAA